AUGUCCAAGGACCGUGGCAGCCUCUGCCUUCAGGUCCGGGACCAAGCCAUUGAAGCCAAAGUUCUAUUUACAGACCCGGAUUCUGUCGACAACGAUGCCACAAAUAGACGGGAUGUCAUUGGCGUCCUGGAUCUGCCAUUAGAGGUUCUGCGUGAGAUAAUACAUCAACUGCACGCGGCGAUUCGCGGCCCAUCGCGGCAGUAUUCUCGCCUGCGCACAUCCAUCCUAGGCGAAUAUCGGCUCGUGUGCAAGGCAUUCAACGCCGCUGUCGAGCCCAUCCAAUUCGCUACCUUGAUUUUCGAUUUCCACCCAUGGCAGACUGAGAACCAGACCAGCACUGCGAGGCAUCUGAAGCUUAUAGCCGAAGGAGAAAGUCCGGCUUCUUAUUCCACGCAGAGCCUUCAGAUUAGCUGUUUAGAUCCUUAUUGGAAGGGCCCACUGGGAGCGCUGAAUGGAUAUACGGGAAACUGGAACAGAGAUUUGAACGCCACAGAUGGUUCGAAGGGAGCCGAUCAGGUAUCCCAAAUGGUCAACAAGUAUCUGGUCAAGGCUAUAGCUUCUCUAGAAAUUUUGAGACGCGUCGACUGGUAUAUCCCAAAGGACAAUCGAUAUGCAAGUUCUGUCAUUGACGCCCUGAGCAACCUCCAAGGAUUAGAAGAACUUCGACUCACAUUCUCAGACGGCCCCUUUUCCGAAGAUGUCUUCCAGCUCAGAAAAAUCACGCGUCUCCGGAAGUUAAGCGUAUACCUUCCUCGUCUCAACGACCACACAGAUUACAUGAAAUUCGCCUCCGUUUGCAAUGAAGUCAUCCUCGCAAAUCCUUCACUCGACCGGCUGACUAUCGUCGGGCCCCUGGACCAGCUGGUCUCGAUGUCCUUCCACGACUUUUUGGGGCGCUUCGACGAGGUCAAUACUCUCAAAUUAUUGCACCUUCGCCUUCAGAACAUCAUGUUAGAAUUGGAUGCUAUCAUUCUUCCUCAACUUAGCUCACUGACCUCACUCGACCUGCGCAAUUCGCGUCGCAGCUUAGACGCCGAGGCAUGGGAUUUAUUCCUGUCCGCAGGGAUUCGACUGACGUCUCUGUCGAUCGACAUCUUCACGCGCCCGCUCCUCGACUACCUUAGCUCGUUCUCUGGGCUUAGACGACUGACGAUCCAGGACAGGCACAGGAUACCCGCCUGCGACGAUGCGGACUACCUAUUCCUGACGGUCAUUCCGCUCCAUAAGGAAUCCUUGAAGGAGUUAUACCUUUUCUGCACGUUCCCAUGUGACCUCUCUCUUGACUGGCUGAAGGGCAACCCGUUAGCCAUUUGUCCGAACCUCACCCACUUUGGCGUUUCUUUGCCAUCAGACACCAUUGAAGUUGCGCUCGAGGAUUUGAGGGUGAUCAUUUCAGCUCCACGCAAGGAGCGCCUGCACAUGCUGUACAUUUGCCGCUCGCAAUUGUCGAUUGGUUUCCUGUGCGGGGCAGGCGUCGGCCGAUACGCAAUGCAAGUUCAGCAGGCCACACAAACGAUCGUUUCGAAGUGGGAGAUUGACGACCCUCAGCUCUAUCCGUCACAUAUUUGUAUCAAUGGACGGGAGGUGUACCAUAUUGUUCGGGACGAGGUGCAUGCAGGAAAGUACAGGUAUAAGCAGCAUCCGAACCAGCGGAAGUUUGUUAUACUGUAA